GUGUGACAAUGGCCAUUCCUGGUGACACUGGGGACUCCAGCCGAGGGUAACAUAGAGAUCUCAGAGGAGAGCUGCAAGCAGUAUGAAGUGAUGUAUUCCCCAUCCUGUGAAGCCACAAGGAAUGGCACAGGAGUUGAUGAGGCAUCAGCAAAUGGGAUUGUCCUGGCAACCGAAGAUCUGGGAUAUCAAAUCUAUGAAGUGUCUGGUGAUGGCAGCUCCACUGUGUCCACAGAAGACAUCAGAGAAUGUUUGAGGAAACAACUUGAAUUCUGCUUCUCACGUGAGAAUCUUUCAAAGGAUCUCUACUUGAUGUCUCAGAUGGACAGUGAUCAGUUUGUUCCAAUAUGGACAAUUGCCAACAUGGAAGGGAUUAAGAAGCUGACAACAGAUAUGGACCUUAUUCUUGAAGUUUUGAGAUCUUCUCCUAUGGUACAAGUGGAUGAAAGGGGAGAGAAAGUCAGACCAAACCACAAACGAUGUAUUAUCAUUCUCCGUGAGAUCCCUGAGACAACACCUAUAGAGGAGGUGAAGGCUCUGUUCAAGAACGAGAACUGCCCCAAGGUGAUAAGCUGUGAGUUUGCUCACAACAACAACUGGUACGUUACAUUCCAGUCCGACACAGACGCCCAACAGGCRUUCAAAUACUUAAGGGAAGAAGUGAAAACCUUUCAGGGCAAGCCAGUAAUGGCCAGGAUAAAAGCCAUCAACACGUUUUUUGCUAAGAAUGGAUACCGGGUGGUGGAUUCCAGYGUGUAUCCCCAGCCUGUGCAGACCCAAGCCCAGUUUGCCUCCCCGCUGUUUAUGCAGCCUGUAUAUAGCCCUCAGCAGUACUCCAUUUACAGCAUCGUGCCUCAGACKUGGUCUCCAAAUCCUGCACCUUACUUUGAGACACCACUGGCCCCCUUUCCCAACGGUGGAUUUGUGAAUGGCUUUAAUACACCAGGAUCAUAUAAAACAAAUGCUGCUUCUCUGAGUAUAGGUCGCCCAUUCCAUAGGAAUCGGGUGAAGCCCCAUUUCCGUUCCUCCAGCAGCUCAGAGCACCCAGAGGGGCCGCCCGGGGCCGGGGCACUGCCCAUGGGUGACCUGAGCAGAACCAGCUCCAGGAAUUUCCUCAUGGAGAGGCACAGCAGCUCUUUACCCGGGCACCCMGAGCAGGGCUAUUCCCAGAAGGAUUCGGCCCCGCUGGAGCAGAACGGCGAUUUCGGCGUGGGCAGGGGCAGGAGGAACGUGUUCCGGGGUCGGAGGAGACGGGAGGACGACCGGGUUUCAAGACCUCAGCCUUCAGCAGAAACAAAGACUCAGACACCAAAGUUUGACUUGCUUGCAUCCAACUUCCCACCUUUGCCUGGCAGCACAGCGAAAAUUCUGGGAGAGCCUGUGCUGGAGAGCAGGAUGUCUGACAUYGUCAAAGGAGUCUGCAAAGAGAAGGAAAGCAAAGAGUCCCUGUCACCCUGCCCGGCUCCUGCUGUGGAUGAACAAACACCCAGCACUGCCCAACCGCCCGUGCCCAGCGUCAGCUCCCCGAGCCAGACUGAGCCUGUGCUGCUGAGCGUGGUGCAGCCUGAGAGCAAACCAGAGGAAGUGUCUGCUCCAAAGGACGUGGCCAGCCCGGCGUCCCCGCCGGCGUCCGUCUGUCCUGUCAGUGCUGCAAAGCCCCCGAGGACAAACCCCUCCUCACCUUCUGCUCCAGGCACUGCAGCUCCUGCUCUGUCAGCACAGGAGCCUCGCAAGCUCAGCUACGCCGAGGUUUGCCAGAAGCCCCCGAAGGAGCCGCCUCCGGUCCCGGUGCAGCCUCUGAGGGAGCACCGCACCAACAUCGUUCCCCCUGCCAAGAACGACGAGAGCGGCACCGCCGAGAAAGCUCCAGAGAAAGCUCCUCACGAGAGGCCCGAGGCUCGAAUGAAGGAUUUCUGUGGGUUCCGUGGCAAUGGAGCUCCCAGGGGAGCUGCUGGCAAAAUCAGGGAACAGAGGCGCCAGUUUGGACGCAGAUCUUCGCCUCAGGGAGCGCCRCGCCGCCUCGGCAAGGAGCAGUACGUGCCACCCCGCUCACCAAAGUAACGCUGGGCCAGCCAAUGAUGCUUUAUUUCACUUGAGCUGUGGACUAAAGAGCAGCAGAGACACUGAGGAAGGAAGGAUUCGGGAAGGGGAAUACUGAACUG